AUGAAGGGAAUGCUGCAGUCAACCCGCGGCGGGCGCGUCAGCAAAGUCACAAAACCUCGCGCUCGCCAGAUCCGUCGGCCCAACACCUCUGACGUCGUCGACCCUGCGCUCGAGGACCACGGCGUGGACGAUCUCGUCGACGAUGUAGAACACCACCUCGCCGACGACGAUCAGGUUGUCGAUCAGGGAGACCAGCAGCAGCAGCACGACCCCCAGCUCCAUGUGCAGCCUGAGGACCACGAGCCCAAAUACCACCAUGAUCAUCAUGCGGACUUUGACCCCGAAGCUGCUGCUGCGGCCGCGGCCGCGGCUGCAGCGCAUCACGAACAACAACAACAGCAAGCGGCAGCUGCAGCAGUGGCAGAGCAGGAACAUCAACACCAACAGCAGCAACAGCAGCAGCUGGACCUGACUGCAGCCAGCAUACUCGCAAGCAGCGUACAGAAUCCCAACGAGCACCCAGAUCUGACCAGCACACAUUUGGAUACGGCUGGGCACUCCACAGAGGAUUUUGCCCAUCAGUCGGGGUAUCAGAGUGUAGUGGUCGAGAGCGCACUUGCGAAACGACUAGCGCGCGAGCCUGGCAUGCGCCUCGCGCAGCAGCGGCGGCCCGAACAAGCACUCAACCUCGGCCGGCGGAGCAACGUUGAAGCCCUCUUUGCGCACAUUGCCGGAGAGCUUGCGCCGGUGCCCUGCAAGAACUGCCACAAAGGCCACGGCCCCUGGAAUAGCUGUGUCAUUGUAGAUGGCCAAAUGUGCGGAAGCUGUGCGAACUGCUGGUUCAAUGCUUCUGGGGCGAGAUGCUCGUUUCAUGAGACACGCAACCCUCAGGUACACGGCCAACCUGUGUUGGCCAAUGAUGGCGCAUUCCAUAUGCCGGCGGCUGUACCGACAUCAGCCAUGUCGCAUUUCAACUUCGCCUCUCUGCCCGCUUCUGCAGACCCAGUCGUGCGUUUCACCGUAGAAAGAGCAAUGGCCGAGGUGCGAGGUGCCGACAAGAAGACGAGGCAUAUGCACAUGGUCGAGGCUGCUGCUCGGCAAUUAGCUUUCGCCAUCUGUCAGUACGAAGACGCAGUGAAUGAAGAAUUGGACAUCAGCAGCCAGCACCACCAACAAGGCCCGCCGCCAGCAGUCAUGGACGAGCAUGAGCCGCAUUAG